GCUGUGCCAAACUUUUGACCAGGUUCGUAUUUAAUAAUUAAUUAAUUACCAAGAAAACGAACUUUGCCUCAAAAUUUUGACACUCUCGACUCGACUGUCACACUCGCGCGUCAUUUCAAUAACAUAAAAAUUCACGUUCGAUCGGCCUAAAUCAUGUUGUUGAGGCAAAUCUCCAGGCACCUUCGUGCAUCGUAUAAACAACUAUGCCCUUGUCGAGUACCGUUGCUGGGCCCCAACCAUUUCUCCGACAUAAGCCCAAACAAACCCUUAAUAAACCCGGCAAUAGAGAAAGGCUUUAAGUUUGACAAUAACAACGAUAGAGCCACCGCCAUAAAGAACAUGAAGUACUCGUUCCUGUUCCUCGGACUCUCCUUCACCACCAUAGGCGGCUACAUUAUCAUGGAGUACGGAAAACCCCCCAGGAAUGACUUCGGAGAAGUCAUCGAGGACGAGUAUUCCCACUUGCCAAUGUGGCAACAGUACCUCUACAGGGCCAGCAAGGAGGUCCAGAAGUUCGCUGUAUUCAUCCAGGAACCGUCCAGAGAUAAGCUUCUUCCGGACCCCUUGCCUUAUCCGUACUACCAGCCCCCUUACACUUUAGUGUUGGAGUUCACGGAUGUAUUGGCCCAUCCGGAGUGGACCUACCAGACGGGCUGGAGGUUUAAAAAAAGACCGGGAGUGGAUUAUUUCCUGGAAAACUUGGCCGGAUUGUAUGAGAUUGUUGUGUACACCUCUGAGCCCGGAAUGACCAUUUUCCCCGUUAUCGAAGCCCUGGACUCAAAGGGGCUGAUCUCGUAUAAGUUGGUGAGGGACUCGACCCACUUCAUCGAGGGCCACCACGUGAAAAACCUGAACAAACUCAACAGGGACCUGGAUAAAGUGAUAAUGAUCGACUGGAAUUCGGACUCAGUAAAGUUCAAUCGGGACAAUCAUUUUGUUCUCAACCGGUGGUUGGGUGCUGACGAGGACAGCACCCUCUAUGAGUUAACGGGGUUCCUGAGGGCCAUAGCACAGACCGAUAUACAGGAUGUGCGGGAGGUUAUAAAGUUUUACAAGCAGUUCGAUGAUCCUUUGACGGUUUUUAAGCAGAAACAGGCGGAGCUCUUGGAGGCUCAACAAAAGAGGCAGGAGAAGUCUGGGGGGGGGGCGCAGCCCCACGAGGCUGUCAAGAGGGUUUUCAGCACCAUCUUGUAAUUGUUUAUAAUAAUUGUUAUUAAUCAAUAAAUUAUGUUUGUUUGUA